GGGGCCUCCAGGAAGCGCCGGCUCGGCCAUCAUCAUCGCCAUCAUCAUCAUCAACAUCAUCGCCGCCGCCGCGAAGGAUUGUGGGGCAGCGGCAGCAGAUCCAAGAUGGCGGCCAGCAGGAGGCUGAUGAAGGAGCUUGAAGAAAUCCGCAAGUGUGGAAUGAAGAACUUCCGUAAUAUCCAAGUUGAUGAAGCUAAUUUAUUGACUUGGCAAGGGCUUAUUGUUCCUGACAAUCCUCCAUAUGACAAGGGUGCAUUCAGAAUCGAAAUCAACUUUCCAGCAGAGUACCCAUUCAAACCUCCUAAGAUUACGUUUAAAACAAAGAUCUAUCACCCUAACAUUGAUGAAAAGGGGCAGGUUUGUCUGCCAGUAAUAAGUGCUGAAAACUGGAAGCCAGCCACCAAAACUGAUCAAGUAAUCCAGUCCCUCAUAGCACUGGUGAAUGACCCCCAGCCCGAGCACCCACUUCGGGCCGACCUAGCUGAAGAAUACUCUAAGGACCGUAAAAAAUUCUGUAAGAAUGCUGAAGAGUUUACAAAGAAAUAUGGUGAAAAGCGACCAGUGGACUAAAUUAAAAAAACAAAACCUGAUAAAGCUGAUGUCAGCAAUGUGUGUGAGAAGACCUGGAGCAGUGCAUUUCAGACACACCACAAAGCAGGACUCUAUGGAAAAUUGACAAGUGUCACCUCUUGGUGUUAACUUGUGGCUGUUACUAACUUUCUACAGUUUCUUAAUCAAAAGUGGUCUAGGUAACCUGUAAAGAACGGAUUAAAAAUUAAGAUGUUCUAGUUCUGCUUUCUUUGUUUAAAAUCACUGCUUCAAUAUACUUUAAAGGAUGCUGUUUCCUUUUUUUUUUUUUUUUUUUUUCAAAAUUUAUCAAAAAAUAUCUUAGACUUAAUCUGCCCUUAAAAGUUCAAAAGGUUGUGGCUGUUAUUUCUUAUUUUCCCCUGCGACCCCUCCUUCCCAUGUAAUUUUCUUUUUCUUCUCCUCCCCACCCACAAACCCACACACUUAUGUCUUAGCAACAUUAUUUUGUCCCGAGGAAAAAAAGAAAUGAGAAAGAGUCGAAUGUUUUGGCCUUUUGCUUCAUUUCCCCCUCUUCAGUGUUGCACUGCGCUUUGUGGAACUUGAUCCCAAGUUUCUCUUAACUUCAGUUUGUAACAUAAUCCGCCACAUGUACUCCAUACACUUGGGCCCCCAUCCUUAUAUGCAUCUUUCUGAUGUUACUACAAUAAUGUUUAUUAAAUGGGGAACGUCAAGCUUUGUGUGCUUGAGUGAAUUACAAUACGGCUUAUGUCCUUUUUCGGGGGAAUUUUUGACACAGGACGUUCUGUAGCAAAGUAAUAGUGGGAUGUGAUUUUUUUUUUAAAUUAAUUUUUCAAUUGUAUUCUUAGUAUCUAUGCAGAGUACCUAGGAUAAUUACUCAGAAUAGCAUUGCAAAGCAGUUUGGAAGAAUUUAAAAUUAGGGACCAAGAGGUACCAAAGUGAGCAAACAAAAGUUGCCCCAUCCCUAGCCCUCUUGGGAGGGGAGCCUUGCAGAAGGAGUACUCCUUGAAAUCUUCAGUUUUUGAAAAACAAAUUUGUAGUCAUUGGGAUACGUGUAUCUUAUCUUUUUACCUGUCUCCUGCGGAAUGAAAAACAUACCUUCCCAUUCUAAUGGAUUGUUGUGAAAACGCAAGGAAUUUCCAUUAAGCAAUAAGUGGCCAGUAGUCAGAUGCGGAUGCUACUGCUGUUCAUAAAAUACUUGUAUGAAAUGCAGCAUUCUAGACUUAGAUGAGUUAACAGAGUUUCUUUCAAUCUGAAGAAUUCCUGCUGAAGUAAAGUGACAUUCUUCUCAUUUAGGACUGAAUAGCCUUUGCCUUUUAGAAUUGAUAUUUUAAGUUUAGGAUACCAAAACAGCCUAGUCACAUUACCAAAGGUGGCUUCCCAGCUUCCCGUUUUAAAUCAUACAUGUUUUUGACCUCAUCCCUAUGACAUCUUAAGAGAGCGAGAAGUACAUAUCGUUUUAUUUUGCAGGAGCUUGCAUUAGUAAAACUCUCCACACCUAGGUAAGAAAUCUGGAACUAGUCAUUGCCCUUGCCACGUUUUAGGGCUAAUUUCAGGGAAGUGGAAGAAUAACCUUUUGGGUUUUUAAUGUUUUGUAUCCACCCCUCUCUCCUUCCUUCCCUACUCCAGCUUUUGAUUUAAAACCGUAAAAGAUUGACAGCCAAGUACCUCUGCUGAAAAGUAUAUUUAAAAAAGCUCUUUCUUUAUGGGGUAUGAAGCAUCUCUGUUUUAAGUGUUCUUAGGGGGGGGGGGAAUCUUUGGGAGGCAAUUAAAGUUUAAAAAAGAAAAAAACUACCUUUACUUAAUAUGGACACUUGCAUUUCCUAAGUGUGUGUGUUCAGGCUUGGUGACCAGCACUGUCUAUUACCAAAAUUUUCACAUAUUUUUUUUUUGUGUCCUCAUUUGCAGAAAGUUGGUAUUGACUUUGUUUCAUUCACGCUACGCAGAUUCAAAAUAAACAGAAAAUGCCAAAUUUUAUCUGUCAAACUGCAGUGUAUGUAAAUCCUGAAUCUCAUUGCAAUGAACCCAUGUUUGUUUGUCCCCCGUCCCAUCGCAUCUGUUGGCUUGGUAGCCCCUUUUUCCAUACACAGCCCAUAGACCCAUUUAUCUGUCACUGUUGUUACUUGGACAAAAUCUCUAUAUAGAUAGAUAGAUAUCUCUUUUGAAUUGUAAACCUCUCAGGUCCAACUGCAUAUAUGUGAACUGGUGCUCUGUGAAAAAGAAAUGGAAGAGCCUGGGGGAAUUUUAAAUCUUUCCCAAUCACCUAGCGUGUACCAAAACAUAAUUAUUAUUAUUAUUAUUAUUUUGUCUUUUGUGCAAGGUUUGAGUGUUUCAAACAUUCUCUGGGCAGUGCCCCUAAAAUGCAGGGCUUGUGCCGAGAAUCUUAUGUGUGAUCCGGAGCCUCCACACAAAGCAACUUUUGUAACCCUGGGUGCCCGCUUUAAGCUCCCCUGGUCAUUGAAAUCACUUCUGUUAGGCCACAGCUCUAUUGGGUGACAAGCAAGGUGACCUGACAUAGUUGUGGCAUGUUGUCCAUCCCUAGGACAGUUGAGCCACACCUGACGAAGAAAGUCCUAAAAUGUUUCACCCUGACCGCUUCAAAUUCUCUUUUAUUAAGGGUACUUGCCUUCAGCUUGGCUCCUCAAGACUUCCACUGCCAGUCCCCAAGAGGCGUUUCAGUUGUGCGGAAGGCAUGCGAACGGACAAGCCUUAUUCCAAAGAUGAAGUUGAAGCAACGUAAAAUCUGAAACUGGUAGGGCGCUCCCUAAGAGCUCAGCCUCCAUAACCGAGGCAGGUUUCCAGUUCUAUACCAUAGCUAAUUUUCCAACUAUUGAUAGUGAUUCUUCCCUCCUCUCCUCCCAGGGUUAGUUGGGGAGCAGACCUUGGGGUCUUCUACUGGCCCUAUGGCUUGCGCUCAGACAUGAGUGCCCCCUUGUUGAAAAUCUUGAAGUGGUCCCCUAUAUACUGAUAGUAAGAGAAACUGGAGAAUGAGGGGAGUAAAAGCCCGCAAGUCCCAAGGCCUGUUCUGUUUUGCACACAAAGAGAUGUGGGUUGGGGAGAAGUCACAGCCAAACAGUCCCUUUAGUACAGCGUAACAGGCAUGUGUGAAUUAAACAGGAAUGCAAUGAAGCAGUGUCAACUCAGGCAUUCACGCUCCUUCCCUCCUCCUUUGGUUCUGUCUGGUUCCCGAAACAAAGCUGAAUUCUAAACAUGUAGUUUUGAGAUCUCCAAGUCUACACUUAUCUUGUACCGAUAUAGGCUUUCUUGCAAUUCCAUUCUGCUACCCUGAAUAAAAAUGCUCUCAAAGGC